GCUGAGCCACCCGAGAAGCCCUUUUAUACCUCCUUACUCAGGCAGCUGCCUGCGGCUCGUCUGUCCAUCCCGUCCAGCCAGCACGACUCUGAUUUCCUCUAGACUUGGGCUCACAACCAUCUAAACCAAGAUGUCUGAUGAAGAGAAAAAGAGGAGGGCAGCCACUGCCCGUCGGCAGCACCUGAAGAGUGCUAUGCUGCAGCUUGCUGUCACUGAAAUAGAAAAGGAAGCAGCUGCUAAAGAAGUGGAGAAGCAAAACUACCUGGCAGAACAUUGCCCUCCUCUGUCACUCCCAGGAUCCAUGCAGGAACUUCAGGAGCUGUGCAAAAAGCUUCAUGCCAAGAUAGAGUCAGUGGAUGAGGAGAGGUAUGACACAGAGGUGAAGCUACAGAAGACUACAAAGGAGCUGGAAGACUUGAGCCAGAAACUCUUUGACCUGCGUGGCAAGUUCAAGCGGCCGCCGCUGCGCAGGGUGCGCAUGUCGGCUGAUGCCAUGCUGCGCGCCCUGCUGGGCUCCAAGCACAAGGUCUGCAUGGACCUCCGAGCCAACCUGAAGCAAGUGAAGAAGGAGGACACUGAGAAGGAGAAGGAUCUGCGUGAUGUCGGUGACUGGAGGAAGAACAUUGAGGAGAAGUCCGGCAUGGAGGGCAGAAAGAAGAUGUUUGAGGCUGGCGAGUCCUAAGCACCUGUGUCUCCACAGCUGUCCUCCUCUCCCUGCUGUCCCCGCUGCCCUGCUGGGCUCAGGGGCACUGACUGGGUGCCAUUUCUCCCUAGUUUUGCGAAGAGCUGCAUCAUGGCAGCAGUGAUGUAAAUAAAGCUUUGGUGGGAGAGGUGGGUGUUGCCUGCCUGAGUGGCC